CAGACGCCGUGUUAGGAUUGGUGAAUCGGCUGGGAGGGUGGGCUGUGAUUGGCAGGCGGGCAGGGUGCCUGGUCAUGGCGCAGGAGCUCACUGGCCUCACGGAUGAGCAGGCUUAUGCCGCUUGUUCGGAACCGGACCCGAACACCAAGGAUUUUAUAAUGCAACAGACAAUGCUGAGAGUGAAGGAUCCGAAAAAAUCUCUUGAUUUUUACACCAGAAUCAUUGGAAUGACAUUGCUGCAGAAAGUUGAUGUUCCCUCGAUGAAAUUCACACUCUAUUUUCUGGGUUUUGAGGACAAAAAGGAAAUCCCAACAGAAAAGAACGAGCAUACGGCCUGGACCUUCUCUAGGAGGGCUACCAUUGAGCUGACGCACAACUGGGGCACAGAAGUGGAUGAAAACCAGGCCUACCACAACGGCAAUUCUGACCCCAGAGGAUUUGGUCACUUGGGCAUUGCUGUCCCUGAUGUUUAUGCAGCUUGUAAGCGGUUUGAGGAACUUGGAGUAAAGUUUGUGAAGAAACUGAAUGAUGGUAAAAUGAAGGGGCUCGCUUUCAUCCAGGAUCCAGAUGGUUAUUGGAUAGAGAUUUUCAGCCCAAACCAAAUGAUUGCGAUAGUAUGAAUUGCGGAGCAUGAACUCAACAACAGUUUGGAUUCUUCAAUACUGAGCAGUUAUCAUUGAACCUAUGCAGCAUGAGAUUUAAUGCAAUUGAACUAUUAUGGAAUUUAGGCAAAUAGAGUUUUUGUGACCUGGCAUUAUUAAUAUUCAUCUUUGGGUGGUCACUACCAGCUUACUGGGAAAUUAUGAAUUCGUUAAUUACCAAGGAUGAUUGCAGCUUAAAUUUUCUGCGGGCACGAAGUCUCCAAAAAACAUUUGUGUGAAACCUUUGACUAAUCCUAGUGUACAGUAAAGAGCAAGUCCAGAUUCCUCAGUGAUUUCUAAUAUCUGCUUGGAUUACCUCUUAAUUUCAGUAAAAGGAGCAGAAGAUAGAAGGUUGAAUUCUUUUGCAGCACCUAAAAUAUAUAUAAUUUAAAUCCACAAUUUCACUUCAAUUUCAAACUGCAGUGUAGUUGUAAAUUCAGAGCAAAAUGGUUGGAUUAAAUCACCCUCUAAUCAUUAUUAGUGAUUUUGAUUCAAACUUGUUAGAAAACCAUGAGGUGUCUCGUCAAUUAAUGGAGAUACGAGGGGUGAUUGAUAAGUUUGUGGCCUUAAGGUAGACGGAGUCAAUUUUAGAAAACCUAGCACAUGUAGGAGGGGACUAUGUUGAAAAAUAAAUAUGCUAGGUUUUCUAAAAUUGACUCCUUCUACCUUAGGCCACAAACUUAUCAAUCACCCCUCAUAAUCAAAGAGCCAUUGCUAUUUAAAAUUGCAAUCAAGCAUUGUGUUGAAAUUUGGUUUCCAUCCAGCCUUAAAGUAAUUAGAGUGGGAAAAUCUAGUCCCAAAACUGCAGAUUAUAAUCUGUCACCACAGCCCAGGGAUUUGAUUUGUGCAAAGCAUACCCAGCCUGCUCGCUCAUUAAAAUCUUGUUGAUAUUUAAACUGUCUUAAUCAGGAAGAUUCGCUUUUGUGUUUUGAUAACAUCAGUGUGCCAGGCAGACUUUUGGCACAGUGUUGAUGUGAAUUUGGAGAUUAACCGAGUAUUAAUUUAUGUUAAAUAACAAUUAUUAUCAUGUAGAUCCAAAUCUAUAAUAAAUGUUUACUUUACUGCUCA